AUGAUGAAUGAAUUUGAGAUGACUGAUUUAGGAGUCAUGAAGUAUUUUCUUGGAAUACAAGUGAAGCAGUCCAAAGGAGAAAUCUUUAUUUCUCAAGAGAAAUACACAGAAGAUCUUCUGAAGAAAUUUCAUAUGGAGAAUUGCAAAUCAAUUUCAACUCCUAUGGCAGCGAACGAUAAGCCGGAUAUUGUUCAAGCUGUGAGCAUGAUCUCAAGGUUCAUGAAUGAAGCAAGUCAACUUCAUUUUGCAGCAGCUAAAAGAGUCGUGAGAUACUUGCAAGGAACAAAGAAAAUAGGCAUCAAAUAUGUAAAAGAAAAUGAGAGCAAGUUGAUUGGAUAUAGCGACAGUGAUUGGGGAGGUUCGUUGGAUGAUAGAAAAAGCACUUCAGGUUAUUUAUUUUGUCUUGGAACUAAUGUUGUUUCAUGGAGUUCAAAGAAGCAAAAAAUAGUAGCGUUAUCAUCAGCGGAAGCUGAGAAUAUUGCUGCUACAGAUGCAACUUGA